CAGACAGGAAGUAACCUCUUGCUGAGGCCGGCUAAAACGGUAGAGAGUGUCCGAACCGGCCCAGCAGGAUUACGCAGUGGUGAAGAAGACAUCCGGUGAGUGUGAGACACCCAGCAGCUGCCCCCGUGUGUCAGGAGGGCUGAGCAGGACCCAGAGCCCCAUAACGGUGUCUCCACCUCACUCACUGACACAUGUGAGACACAAUGACCAUAAGAUCCUGGAUCUCACCAACAAGAUCAUUCAGCUGCUGACUGGAGAGGAGGGGGAGUAUAUAGAGGAACACAGGGGUCUGUACAAGGACGUGAUGAUGGAGAAUCACCAGCCCCUCACAUCACUGGAUGGACCCAGUAACAGAGAUACCCCAGAGAGAUGUCCCCGUCCUCUGUAUUCCCAGGAUUGUACAGAGAAGAAUCACAGGAUCCCACAGAAGCAUCAGAGUGACGAUCUGAAUAUUAAAGUAGAAGUUAUAGAAGGAGAAGAAGAGACAAAUGUGACUGAUAGGAAGGCAGAAGAUACAUAUGUGACUUAUAUGAAGGCAGAAGAUACAGAAGCAGAAGAAGAGAUGUAUGUGACUGAUAUGAAGGUAGAAGAUAUAGAGGGAGAAGAAGAGACGUAUGUGACUGAUAUGAAGACCGAAGAUACAGAGAGAGAAGAAGAGACGUAUGUGACUGAUAUGAAGAACGAAGAUAUAGAGGGAGGAGAAGAGACAUAUGUGACUGAUAUGAAGGCAGCAGAUAUAGAGGGAGAAGAAGUGAUGUAUGUGACUGAUAUGAAGGCAGAAGAUAUAGAGGGAGGAGAAGAGACGUAUGUGACUGAUAUGAAGGCAGAAGAUAUAGAGAGAGAAGAAGAAGAGACGUAUGUGACUGAUAUGAAGACCGAAGAUACAGAGAGAGAAGAAGAGACGUAUGUGACUGAUAUGAAGAACGAAGAUACAGAGGGAGGAGAAGAGACAUAUGUGACUGAUAUGAAGGCAGAAGAUACAGAGGGAAAAGAAGUGAUGUAUGUGACUGAUAUGAAGGCAGAAGAUAUAGAGAGAGAAGAAGAAGAAGAGACCUAUGUGACUGAUAUGAAGGCAGAAGAUAUAGAGGGAGAAGGAGAGACAUAUGUGACUGAUAUGAAGGCAGAAGAUAUAGAGGGAGAAGAGACGAAUGUGACUGAUAUGAAGGCAGAAGAUAUAGAAGGAGAAGAAGAGACGUAUGUGAGGGGUGACCAGCAGUGUAAUGAGGAGGAAAUCCCUACAGAUAUCUGCACAGCAGAUGGACACGAAAGCAGAAUUACCUUGGAGGGAGAUUUCACUUUGUGUCCAGAUUCUAAAAUAGAAGAUAACAUCACCCAGGAUUCUUCAGAAGAAAACCACAUUACUUUAAAUAUACAUCCAGUGCCUCACAAUGCUGAUAUAUCAUCUGAUUCCUCAGAGCAUGAGGAAAGUUCUCCUGAUACCUCCAAUAUAGCUACACAUAGCAAUGAUCAUAUAUGUGCUGAGUGUGGGAAAUGUUUUACAAAAAAAUCAGGUCUUGUUUCGCAUCAGAGAAGUCACACAGGUGAGAGGCCAUUUCCAUGUUCUGAGUGUGGGAAAUGUUUUACACAAAAAUCAGGUCUUAUUACGCAUCAGAGAAGUCACACAGGUGAGAGGCCAUUUCCAUGUUCUGAGUGUGGGACAUGUUUUACACAGAAAUCACAUCUUGUUUCACACCAGAGAAAUCACACAGGUGAGAAACUAUCUCUCUGUUUGGAGUGUGGGAAAUGUUUUACACAGAAUUCAUCCCUAAUAAUGCAUCAGAGAAGUCAUAGAGGCGAGAAGCCAUUUCCAUGUUCUGAGUGUGAAAAAUAUUUUACACAGAAAUCACAUCUUGUUACACAUCAGAGAAGUCACACAGGUGAAAGACCAUUUCCAUGCUUUGAGUGUGGGAAAUGUUUUAGAGAGAAAUCAAAACUUAUUGCACAUCAGAGAAGUCACACAGGUGAGAAACCAUUUCCAUGCUCUGACUGUGGGAAAUGUUUUAGAGAGAAAUCAAAACUUAUUGCACAUCAGAGAAGUCACACAGGUGAGAAACCAUUUCCAUGCUCUGAGUGUGGGAAAUGUUUUAGAGAGAAAUCGGAUCUUGUUAAACAUCAGAGAACUCACACAGGUGAGAGGCCAUAUCCAUGUUCUGAGUGUGGAAAAUGUUUUGCACAGAAGUCAAAUCUUGUUACACAUCAGAGAACUCACACUGGUGAGAAGCCGUUUUCAUGCUCUGAGUUUGGGAAUUACUUUAUACAGAAUUCAGAUCUACUAAGAAAUCAGAGAAGUCACACAGGGAAAAGACCUUUUUCAUGCUCUGAGUGUGGGAAAUGUUUUACGCAGAAAUCAGGUCUUGUUAGCCAUGAGAGAAGUCACACAGAUAAGAAGGAAUUUUCAUGUUCUCAGUGUGGGAAAUGUUUUACACAGAAAUUAGCUCUCACUAUACAUCAGAAAGUGCACACAGGUAGGAAACUUUUUCCAUGUUCUGAGUGUGGGAAAUGUUUUAUACAGAAUUCACAUCUACUCAGACAUCAGAGAACUCACACAGGUGAAAAAUCUUUUUCAUGUUCGGAGUGUGGGAAAUGUUUUACACAGAAUUCAACCCUAACUAUACAUCAGAGAAGUCAUAGAGGCGAGAAGCCAUUUCCAUGUUCUGAGUGUGGGAAAUGUUUUACAUCAAAAUCACAACUAGUUAAACAUCAGAGAACUCACACUGGUGAAAAGCCAUUUUCAUGUUCUGAGUGUGGGAAAUGUUUUACAUUAAAAUCACAACUGGUUACACAUCAGAGAACUCACACAGGUGGGAAGUCAUUUCCAUGUUCUGAGUGUGCAAAAUGUUUUAAACAAAAAUCAGAUCUUGUUACACAUCAGAGAAGUCACACAGGUGGAAACCAGUAAGACAACAGAAAAUGCACACACAAGAACAGCAAUUUACAUGAUCCACUAAACACAAAACAGGUUCUAUUUAUACUCUACAUAUAAUUUGAAUUUAAUAAUAUGCAUUUAUUUCUCUUUUUCUGUACACAAUGGUAACCUUACUCAUCGGUUGAAUCCCAUUCUUACCAGAUAGAGAUAAGGUUAAUUCAAACUUUGGCACCUACUAACAGCUUCUAUAUUAAGUAAUUCCUUCCUCUAUAUGAGUUAUCUUCCUGCUUCUUCAGUGUAUAGUUAAGGUGUAGGUGUCUAUAACAAUUACCUUAUUCUCUGGCGGCAUAGCUUUUUGUAGCCGCAACCUGUGAGUCACUACUUGCAUUGCUGUUUAGUGCAUACAUGAUUGCCAAGUGUGGAUGACAUAUAUAGCCAUCUCAUCUAUGUGCAGGAGCACGCUUCCGACAUCAGGUCAAAGGUAUAUAACAGAGCUGCUGCUUGGCACUCUGCAUUUUUUAGGUCUUUGGUCCACUAGAAUCAUCCAGGAUGGAAGCCAAGCCUUUUCCCCAAUAGCGGAAUGCUGCUCUUGUACUGUAGGUGCUUUUCUUGUGCUAUUUUACUUAUAUGGCUUAGGGUUAGCUAGCAUAGUUCUUAAACAGUGCUGCUACAAGGCCAUAAAGAAGAAGAAAGGUCGAAUUUGUGCAAAUUGUGACAAAGCUAUCUACUAGCCAGGAAAUGUGUUCUGCUCUCAGUGUGCCCAGCUAAACAAGCUUCAGGAGUCAAUGGAAUGGAUUAAAAAAAAACAAUAGUUUCAAGGAGGAAUUUAUGAUGGCACAAGGAGCUAAAAGGUGGAGGUCCUAGAUAAGCUUAAAUCUUGAAGGUAGGGUCAUCAGAUAUUGGGUCUUGUGACCUUGACGAUAUAGAUAGUGAAGAGUCUGGGAAAAUUAAGAGAAGCCUAGCUCUUUUAAUACUGAUCUGGUUGAAAUUUUGCCCUAGAAAUAUUUAUAGAACCAUCAAAACCCAUAAAAGGGGUUUGAACAGGAUCUGUUGUUUGAAGGUCACUCUAAAAAACGUCUGAGAAUUUGCUAUUCAAAAAGCUGUGGAGGACCCCAUUAUAGCACGUAGAUAGAUGUCAAGAAUUGGAAUGGAUGUAUCCUGUUAGGGAUGAAGAUUUCAUUAGAAGGGUGCUCUGUCCAAAAGGUAGACACAGUAGUGGCAGUCCUAACCUUCAGAAUCCAAUGGAUAAAAAGAUGGAGUUGUUUAAAAAAAAAAUAGCAUAUUUAAUCCACAAGUACAUUAAGGGUUGUUAUGGCAAAAGCAUCUCUUUCAAGAGCCCUUAGGGUUCGCAUUCCAUUCUGCAUUCUGAUAUUGAAGAAAAUAAAUCACCCGGCAGUAUGUACUGAAGAACCUAGGGACUAUGCAGAAAGGCAUUUACAUUCUCUGAGAGGCUUCCUUAGAUACUGUCAGUUGCUUCUCCAGCAGUAGUCAGAAAGGCCCUAUGGUUGUGCCCUUGGACAACACAUACACACUUUAAAAAUUAAAUGGCUAAUUUACCUUUUGAGAUUCCCUGUAAAUUGAUGACAUAAUGAAAACCGUUCAAGAGUUGAAAAAGUCUUAUUUGAUGAAACGCAUUCAAGAGUUCUUGGCACUCAAAGUUGUUCCUUGUUGCAGUUCCAACAGCCUUAAUGGACAAUGGCGAAUAAACAUCAUUAAUGUCCAAGGAAGCACUAUAAAAAUAGAGUAAUUAUGUACUGUAAAAUUAUAGAAUGUAUAAAAUAUAUACUGAAAAAAGCAUCUAAUUAGUAUAUAAUUUUUACAGGUCUUUCCAUGGGAAAGUAAUUACCUGCUUGUUCCUUGCAAGAAUAUAAUUGCCUUUCCCUAACUUACCAUAGUCUGCUGCCAUUCAGCUCCACAGGUGUUCAGCUGUUGCGAUAGGGCAUCCGGACUUAGCACAUACAGGGUCCAUCAGGUGGCAGGUGUAAACAUGGCUCCAGCUUUCAGGCUUUGCUGUAGGCUCUGUUAUAUGCAGGGUCUGUAUGGCGGCUGAGUAUGAUUACCUCAGCUUCGGCUUUCUGUUGGUAUUCCAAACUGUAUGAGGUGCCGGGUUUGUGCGGCGGCAAGUGUAAUUAAUGUUGCUUCAACUUUGAUAUACAAUUUAAAGUGCAGCGUUGCCUGUGGCAGUGCUGAUAGGCUUCAAUGCAUUUCAUCUAAUAAAAGAUUUUUUCAAGAGUUGAAAAAGUCUUUUAUUAGAUGAAACGUGUUCAAGAGUUGAAAAAGUCUUUUUUAUUAGAUGAAACGCGUUCAAGAGUUGAAAAAGUUUUUUAUUAGAUGAAAUGCAUUCAAGAGUUGGAAAAGUCUUUUAUUAGAUGAAAUGCGUUCAAGAGUUGAAAAAGUAUUGUAUUAGAUGAAAUUCGUUCACGAGUUGAUAAGUCUUUUGUUAGAUGAAACUCAUUCAAGAGUUGAAAAAAGUAUUUUGUUAGAUCAGGGGUGGGGAACCUUUUUUCUACCAAGGGCCAUUUGGAUAUUUAAAAAAUCCUUCAGGGGCCAUACAAAAAUUAUCAACUUAAAAAUGAGCCUGCCCCCAGUAGAUAUGCCUCCAGUAGUUAUGCCCCAGUAGAUAUGCCCCCAGUCAGUUGUUAUGCCCCAGUAGAUAUGCCCCCAGUUACUUGUUAUGCCCCAUUAGAUAUGCCCCCAGUCACUUGUUAUGCCCCAUUAGAUAUGCCACCUGUCAGUUGUUAUGCCCCAUUAAAUAUGCCCCCUAGUAGCGACGCUUACACACACACAUUAAAAAAAAAACCCCACAAUACUCACCAGCCCCGCUCCUGCUUCCGGACUGUUGCCCUCCGCCUGGCUGCUCGCUCCUCAGAACCAUGGGAGAGACGUCAUGACAUCUCUCCCAUAACACCGCACAGCUGCACACGCACACUGCCAGAGCCGGAAGCCAGAGCUCAGGAGUGAGCUCCUGCCUCCGGCUGCUGCUGAGGGUAAGAAGCCGGGGGCCCGCUAGUAACAAAAUCUCAGCAGGCGCCCGGCUAGGUGAGCCUGGCCGGGCCGGAUCAAGUGGCUCUGCGGGCCUUAUACGGCCCUCGGGCCUGAGGUUCCCCACCCCUGUGUUAGAUGAAACUCAUUCAAGAGUUGAAAAAAGUAUUUUAUUAGAUGAAACGCAUUCAAGAAUUAAAAAUGUUUUUUUUAGAUGAAACGCGUUCAAUAAUUAAAAAAGUCUGUUACUAGAUGAAAUGCGUUCAAGAGUUCAAAAGUAUUUUAUUAGAUGAAAUGUAUUAAUGCCUAUCCGCAUGGCCACCAGCAAGACUAGACUUGAAAUUAUACAUCAAAGAUGGAGCUACGUUAAUUACACUUCCCG